UUUUUUAAAAAUCCAAAUGUGGACUUACCUAAUGAUACCAUAAUCACUUGUUCGCUGAUCGAAUGAGAAACAGUACGUUCUUCUUUACACAUUGAUUGUUAUACACAAAGGAUUAGAAUACAAGUAUUACUUAUAAUAUUCUUUUAAACCCAAGACAUUAAUUAACAAUAGUUGAAAAUGAGAUAUAUGUUAAUACUAUUUCUGCAGUUACUUUGUAUAGAUCUGAACAAUGCUAGAGAAAUUACACAUGAAGAUAUUAAAGAUGCAAUGUUAAGUUUAGUACAUAUGAUGCGAGAAAAUACUGAAAAAUUAGAAAGGCAUGAGGCACGAGAACGUCAGCUGGGAGAGCAAUUAAAAAAAGCAAUUACAGUAUUGACAAAACGUAUGUCAACUAUUGACUCCUUAAAAUUACAGUUGACAAAACUUGAUGAAAAAGUAAUGGGAAUAGAACAGUUAAUCUCUCAGAGAGAUGAACGAGAAAGAAUACAAAUGCAAAAGACUGUGGAUAGUUUAGAAGAUUUAGAAAGUCGUUUAGAGGGAUGGCUUACAGAUAUUGAAAAUAAAGUAUCAGAAGUAAAUAAUAGACCAGAUACUACAUUACCUCCACUAGAUAAUCACACUCAUAUUAUUUCAAAAUUAAAUAAUACAGAAUUAUUAUUAAUGGAGAGAAUUUCAAAAACAGAGUCGCUUUUAAAAUCUGAAACAAUAAAAUUAAAAGAAGCCACAGAUGUUCAAUCAGGAACAACACAAGCAUUAUUGACUGAGAUCCAAGAUAUUGGCACAAGGCUUAGUGAUCUUGAAGUUUCACUGGAAAAAAUUAAAGAACAAUCACAAAACAUAAAAAAGAAAUUACAAGAACCACAAUUUGAUGCCAUCUCAAAUAUUGAUAAUUAUACAAGAAUGCUACCUUCUAUAAAGAAACAUUUAGAUGAUACUUCUGAUCAAAUUAAGGAAUUACCACAAAUUACUGAAAUGCAAACUCUACAUAAUGAAACUCAAACACUUUUGCAAGAAGCUAAGCAUACAUUAAAAGAUAUUGUUACUAAAGGACUUAAUAACAUUGAAAAUAAAUUAACAGAAAGUAAAGAUGAAACAAAAGAUAAUAUAGGAGCACUUAGAAUGGACUUGGCAAAUAAUGCUGAACAUGUAAAUCAAGAAUUAAAUGAUCUCGAAAAAGGGCAAUCUGUAAUAGUAUCAAUGGCUGAUCAUGUCCUAGAUACUAAAAGAAGAGUUGAAUAUGGUGUGCAUCAAAUUCUUCUAGAGGUAGGAGAUUUAGUGAAAGCACAAGGUACAAAUAUUAAUAAUACUCUAAAUCAAAGAUUUGAUGGCAUAUCAAAUGAUAUUAUGGACAAUCAAAAUGGAGCUUUAGCAAAUUUAACUACUAAGAUGGAACAAGAAAUGAAUCAGGUGUGGCGACAAAUAAAUGUCAUGUAUCAACAAAUGACAGAAAGUGCAAAAGCACUAGAUAAAUUACAUAAGCAAAAUGAAAAAUACGUUAAUGGUACAACUUCUACCAUGGGUGGAAUGGAAACUAAAGUAAGCGAAAUAACAAAACGCAUGACCGAAGUUGAUGAUAAUUUAAAUUAUCUAUUGGGAAGACUCUCAUUGGUGACACAAGAAUUUAAUCAAAUUAAAACAGGAUUAGGUAAUGCACUAGAUAAUAUUAAAGCAUCAUUUAAAGAAGUUCAAGAUAAAGCAAAUGAUUUAAGACAUCCAGGACCACACCCAAUACCUGAAAAUUACAAAGAAUUUAAUGAAUCUGAUAACAAUAAACCAGAUGUUGUGAAAAUAAAAUAAAACAAUAUCAAUUUUAUAUCGAGGAUAUUUUCAUCGUUAAUGGCACAUAUCAAGUUAUGUUCAGGAUUUGUUUUCUACAUCACUAAUAUAUGUAUUAACAUUCAUGAUAAUAAUGUGUAUCAUCAUCAUAUGCUAUAUAAGUGUUUGAAAAUGUAUCAUUUUAACUUCUGUUUAAUGAUAAUGAACACAUAAUUUAAAAAUAUAAAUACAAAUUAUCUUUAUCAUUACAUUUCAACUAUACUUUGAGCAUUGUAAUUUUUAAAUAUCAUGAUAUGUAUAACUCAAACUGUUCUUAAUAUAUUGUUAUAAAUAAUUAUUAUAUAAAU